CUGGGCACUCGCGAGAUCUGGAGGACCGAAUCUAUCAUCGUCUGUGGAGAAAAAUACUGACGGCAUCUCUUGAGCUGCACCUUCCUUGUUGUCGUAGCGAUGUCGGCUGAUGACGGGUGUCUGCCGCCGCCUUGCAAGAAGGCGCGAUACGAGGCUCCGCAGGUAGAGGCGGGGGAAACGAAUGCAUAGCUGGGGGUGGGUGAAGAUUGGCAGAAUUCAUGGCUGGAUGGAUGGAAGGAUGUGAUGUGGUAUGACCGGUGUCUGUGUCUGUCUGUCAGGCUAGUGUGAGCUCCGUAGAUGGUUCCUUGAGCGAUGCGUUCCGCAACCAGCUGCUCGACACGCUGCGGAUGCAGGUAUGAAUCUUGACACAACCCGCAACAUGCACACACUGGAGGAGAGGCGACCGACACAUGCCGCUGUCUUGUGUCUGUCAGGUUCGCCAGCUGCAGACCCAGCAAGCUAACGACAAAAAAAACGCGGGCCAGUCCGACAAGGUGCGUCGCGAGAGAACCCCUGCAGAUCCACAUGUCUUCAUUGUCACCGUUCGUGUGUUUGUGUGUGUGUGCAUCAUCAGGUGGCGCAUCAGCAGCUGCAGAUGGCGCACGGCAUGCUCCGAUCCCUCGAACAGGAGCACCAGUGAACUGACUGACCGAGGGAGCCAAGGAAGGGCCCGAUGGAUGGAUGGAUGGAUGGAUGGAUGGAUAGAUAGCCGUGUAUGUGUAUCGAUGCCGUAACAUUUGGGAUGAUGAGAGAGUGGGGGGCCGGGGGGUGAGAGAGGGUGGACGGUAGAGCAGCAGGGCCCAUGGAUGGCCUCCAGUGCAUUGGUCCAUUCAUCCGAUAGCCGGAUUGCCCUGUCGCCCGUGCAUACCACCAGCUGCCGAGUGAGUGAGGGUGCGAGCGACAGAGAGAGAGGCAUCGCAAUCGCACCCCCUAUUGUGCAUACCGAGAUAGCUAAUCUUACGUGGCAUUCUCCAUGGAUGGAUGGAUGAUGGGUGCGGUUGGUGUGGAUGUGCAGCACAUAGAGCCGGCAGCCGCCCUGCUUUUGCAUAGUGGUCUGUUUCCCUUUUGUCUGGUGGUUUUGGGGGUAUACCUACCUGAAUGCGUCAGUCAAUGCGUGUGCAUACUAAGACAGUUCGGUGUGUGUGGGGGUCGGGCUGUGUGUAGCUAGCUACUACCCAGUGAGAUGCAGAGAGCGUCCUGGUGUGUCCAGUGGGCUGAACGGUGGGAGGUGGGGGUAUCCGAGGCGCGAGCAGGCGAUGGAUGCAAGGCUCGAGGGCAGGCAGAGCAACCCGCUGCUUGAACCUUGUCCGUCUCCUGGUUUGGCCAUUAGGUAUCCUGACCUGCACCACUUAUUGGACAGAUAGAGAGACUGUGUGUAGGUGUGUAGACGGUGGGGGUGGCGUGAUGAGGGGGACGGGACAGUACUGAGAUUGGGUUAAG